CACGGAUGUGAAUCCGGGGGCAACAUGACCUCCGCUGAACUGGUAAAUAAAUAGAUUUUUUUUUACAGGCGCAGAUUCGUACAAUAUUUGCGACCCGUCGACUCAACACUAUUACACUUGAGGGUGUUUAAAAAUUUUUUUUAAAUUAAUCAUCAUGGCGGGUUUGUUUUCGUGCUGUUUCGACUGCUGUGAUCGCGGAAGCUCCGGCCACGUCGCACUGAAAGAAAUGCCCACAGUGCAGCUGGAUACCCAUCACAUGGGCACUGAUGUUGUUAUUGUAAAAAGUGGCAGAAGGAUAUGUGGCACAGGGGCCUGCCUCGCCAAUGCUCCUCUCCAUCAAAACAAGAGCUACUUUGAGUUCAAGGUUCAGUCCACAGGCGUUUGGGGCGUAGGGGUGGCUACGCAGAAAACGAACCUUAACCAAGUCCCAAUGGGCAGGGACACACACAGCCUGGUGCUUCGGCAAGACGGAACCGUGUACCAUAAUAACGAGGAGAAGAACCGGUUACCGGCUAACAGCCUGCCACAGGAAGGAGAUGUCGUGGGCGUUUCGUACGACCAUGUAGAGAUGAAUUUAUAUCUGAAUGGGAAGAACAUGAACUGUCCAGCAUCAGGAAUUCGAGGAACAGUUUUCCCUGUAGUAUACGUGGAUGACAGUGCAAUUUUGGAUUGUCAGUUUAGUGACUUCUACCAUCCUCCCCCUCAAGGCUACCAAAAGAUUCUUUUUGAGCAGCAGAUCUUCUGAUCCUCAGGCAACUCUGAGCCCAUCAGCUUUCCAGACUGCAGUCAUCGUGUCUAAUCCCUGUACUACAUCUCUGGAGAAGUCCGGAGUCGGAAACAACGUGCUUGUGAUUAUGUGGCUGAUGCUUUACUUUUCCACGUUCAAAAGAAAAGUGCAACUGACCAGUGUUAUAUCUUCAGUAAUUUCUUUGAUGAUGUAGAAUCGAUCCAUGUUGGCGCUCAGAACACUCCAACUUUGCCCUGAUUUAUGUAUUUAGAGGAAAUCGUUAUUAGAACUCUAAUUUGUGUGUCUGCACAAAAAACUCAAAAUUCUUCACACUUUGAUUUGGAUUACAAAUAAUAUGCUGCUUUUUAAAAAAUGGUUACAUUUGGAGAAUAAUCUAAUCUGAUCUUAUUAGAAAUUCUUGUAAAUCAGGGUCAACUGACAUGACACAUUACAACUGACCUGAAGUGAAAAUGUGAAUUAUAUUUGCGAUGUUAAGGAAAUUUCCAAAGCUGGAAUCAUAUUUUGUGCCUAUUUAUGCAUUAUUGAAUAUUUCGGGAAGAGGGUUAUCUCUGUACUGCGUUAGUACAAACUAAGCCAUGUCUUAAUUUAAGAUUUUUCUUGAACAGUACAUAUGUGAGAAACAUGGUUUCACCAAAUAUCAUAAGAAAGUAAUAGCAGUUAAUUCACUAUAUAUUGUCUAAUAUUUGUCUUUUUUCAUGUCUUCAGAAAUUUGCUUAACUAAUGCAACUAACAUGUAAUAUUGUUAUAAAGCAACUUAAGAUAUAAAGGUUGCAGGAAAAAUGCUGUGCCGGUCUAGUAUAUUUGGUUUUAAGUUAUUCUGGGUUGUUUUUGUUGUUGUUGUUGUUGUUGUAAAACACCUUAUUUUAAAGUUCCAAUAAGAUAUGUGCACUGAUUAGUCAGGUGUUGUUUGUGUGAUGUAUGUAAGGACAGUAAUAAAAACAUUUAGUUGUAAA